AGGACUGGCCAGCUUGGGAGUUGGGACUCGAGCGAAAGACGACGAUGGCCCUUCGACUGGGCCUGAGGCAACCACCGCUCUCCUGCAACCUGGUGCUCUGCAUAGAGAGAAUGGCGUUCGCUAGCUCCCCCAUCGCCAAUCCCCCAACUGCUCCAAGCAAUAACGACGCUCCGGCUGACGCCGCCACUAGUCCUCCGGCUCCUCCGCCCGCUGAGGCUCCGACCACUCCAUGCCCAGGCGAUGGUACUGGUACACAUGCUCCAGAAGGUGAGAAGGCCGGAGAUGUUCCACCAGCUGAUCGGAGUCACAUAGGUCCACCAAUAACGCAUGGUUAUUACACGCCGACGCAUCAGCCGCAUGAUCCUUGACCGUGAGGCUCAAAAGCUCAUGUUGUCGCGAAGAAGCCACCCCUGGGAAGGGAACCCAUGGAUCGGAACGAGCAGCACAUGUUCUGGACAGUUGGCAGUGCAAUUAGCAGUUCGUUAUAUAAUAGAUCGUGGCCCAAUAGUUGGGAGUUUCAGCCCAUUUGCCUUGAAAUGAUUCGUUUCCUUUUCAUUUGUUGAAUUGCUUUUUUUUCGAAUUGGUGAACUGCUUGUUGAAUCGAAACCGACAACAAGUAAUCAAAAGUUUUAUACAAGCAAACAAGUUUUAAGAAAAAUAUCAAAACAUAUCUCGACUUCUGGGGAGUGGCGGAUGUACAAUUUCAAUGGACAUAUUAAUUUUUGAGAUGUAAUAAUAAAAAAAAAGUUUGACAA